AACAAGCAACGUCAACAUGCCUGAACCCGCCAAGCCUGCCCCGAAGAAGGGCUCCAAGAAAGCCGUGAGCAAGACCGCCGGUAAGAGCGGCAGGAAGCGCCGCAGGCCCAGGAAGGAGAGCUACGCCAUCUACGUCUACAAGGUGCUCAAACAGGUGCACCCAGACACCGGCAUCUCGUCCAAGGCCAUGGGCAUCAUGAACUCGUUCGUCAAUGAUAUCUUCGAGCGCAUCGCCGGCGAGGCAUCCCGCCUGGCUCACUACAACAAGCGCUCCACCAUCACCUCCAGGGAGAUCCAGACCGCCGUCCGCUUGCUGCUGCCCGGGGAGCUGGCCAAGCACGCCGUGUCCGAGGGCACCAAGGCCGUCACCAAGUACACCAGCUCCAAGUAAAACCAAGCUACUCCAGCUUCAACAACUCAAAGGCUCUUUUAAGAGCCACUCACUUUUUUUGAGAGGGUGAAUCUUACAUUUUCAAGUCUAAUGUGUAAUGCACUUAAAGUUUGUAUAAGUAACAUUUAUCACAUGAAUACGCUUAUAAAGUAACUACGAUUUAAAAACUCUUCCUCUAACUUCACAAGUAUAUGGGUAGAUCUGUACUAUGUCUUUCUUGAUUUGAUUAUCAACUAUUUUGACAGACUUAACACUAGGAAGUUUUACACGUGAU